UGCAAAUCCAUUAGAUUCACGUUCCCAAGUCAAGUGCUAACAACUCCUUUGCUCGUCGCCCUCGACGACCACCAAGCCUAAAUUGUGCAACAUUUAGCACGAGCUCGCAAUCGCGACCAUGCUCCCCAAGGUCGCUAAUCACAUCUUUCUGCACACUUCUCGUGCAGUAGCCGCCGUCCAAAAUCAGACAGGUUACACCCUCCGUAACGUACUCCAACUUCAGUCAUCCGCACCAAGCGCGCCUACAACAUGGACUGGCGCCGGCAGCUCAAGCUGGGGCAGCAAUGGUGCUGGCCCGGGCGGCGCAAAGUUUAAUGCAGGUAGUCGGUUCUAUAAUGGGUAUACGGGAGCCGGGCGUGCUGUGACACAAGCAAACGCGUCAACCUCACAUGAUGGCAACGCUGAACAGAGCGACGAGCGCGACGAGAUCGUUCCCAAGCGCGUCGAGCCCCGCUCUUCCAAGCGUAUCAUUACCCGUCGGCACAGUCUCUCUCUUGGUACACUCAGUGAGCACGAGCAUAGCCAAACAGAGUCUUUAGGUGUCUUGCACACCGUCCAAUUGCACGUUCGCUCAAAACACACGUUCACUGCGUCCGGCGAAGCGCUCGACGAGACUCCCUCUGAUUCUUCGCGGCCUCCCCUCACACGUCGUAACUCUACAGCUUCGCUGAGUGCAUCCGGUUCCAUUGAUGAUUUACCCCCGCCUCCGGUCCCUUCAGUAUCUGGUAAAUCCAUGCCCACAGAUCCCGCAGCCCCGCAGUCCGUGACAGACCCAGCUGCAGACGAUGAGAGUGACAAAGUUUCCGAAAUGUAUCAGUCUCUUCGUCGGGCAGCGCGAUCUGGUGAUGGUGCUAGGGUUAUCCACGAAGUUCUCAUCCUCCGUACAACUCAUAAGAACCCCAUGGUGUCAGAGUUCAACAUGGCAUUAGCUGGUCUUCACGAUACUCGUCGCCCCGGUGAACCCCUUACACUUUUGCUCGAGACAUACAAUGACAUGAUCCGACACUCCCUUACGCCGAAUGUUCGCACCUAUAUCUCUCUUAUUCUCGCUCUUACCGAGCGCGAUUUCGAGGUCCAGAAGUCUAUUGGAGCUCUUGAUGGUCGCGUCAAGCGCCGCAAGCUUCUUGGUCGCCAGGAGGUCGCUAUGGAUGAAGCAGAUGAGAAGCGCAUCGAACAGCUCAAGGCAGAGAACAACUUUGCCUCUGCCAUGUCUAUGUUUGACGCAGCGAUGAACAUUGGCGCACGCAACAAGUUCCCCCUUGCGGUUUAUACCAACCUUCUCCGCUCAUGUGCAUUCCAAGCUGACGUGGAUGCUGCCAUUCGCGUAUUUGCGCAGCUGGAAUCGCGCACCGACUUCCUCCCUGGCCCUCAAGUCUUCUUGAACCUGCUCUCUGUGUACGCCAAUGCAAAUGAUCUGCAGGGCGCUAAGGAGGUCUUCCAGGAGUUCAGGGAAGCCAGCAAGGCAGGCCGCGUCAAGGGACUUGAUUUUUCCGCCGCUCCUGAAGCAGCCGUAGCCAGCUCGAUUACUCGGGGACAACUUCUUGUCUGGAACAAAAUGAUCGAAGCUUACUUCCGUGGUGGCCAGCCUGCAGGCGCUCUCCGCCUCCUGGAAACCAUGAUGGACAGCAACGCCAACCCCGCUCAACUCUCACCGGAAGUUCCUUUGCCCUCCUCGUCCACGUUCUCGUCCAUCAUUGCUGGUUUCUGCUACUCGGGAGAUGUCACAAGUGCUCUGUCCUGGUUUGACCGCUUGCUACAGCAGGGUGAAGCAGCCCGUCAUCCACACGAAUCUUCCCUCGUUCCCCCUCGCCCUGACCAGCUUGCAUGGGUUGUGAUGCUUGACUUCCUCGCUCAGGAGGGCAUGAUCGCAGACCUCAACCGGCUCUAUGACAUUCUUGUUGAAUGUGCCCCUCGCGACGGCCUCGAAGUGCGCCGUUUAGACCAUACCCUUGUUCUCGAAGCCAAUAUCAACUACCUCCAAUCUGGGACUAUCAACAAAUCCGGAGCCAAGAAGAAUAUACCGGCUUUCAAGGAUGUGCUCAGGCUUAUCAGACUGGCGAACAAUGUAAAUGUCCCUCUGAGCAAAGAGUUAACAGCCCUUUACCUACACACCUACAUGUCGACUUGCAACCGCGGUGACAUGUCGCAAUAUGGUAUCGGCCUCCGUGAACAUGAAACACUCCUGUCCAGUGCCCUCGCCAACCUUACAGCAGAGACCGAUAUGGAGCAGAUCAUCCCAAUCAAAAACAAUGCAUACAAGGGCCUCAUCCCGCUUCUCAUUGCGCUUUCAAAGCAAAACUUCCAGUUUUCUAAAUUGAAAGCAAGCCUCAUCUCCAAUCUUUCGGAUGCGCUAUAUGCUGGCUACUCGAAGGAGCAGCGGGAUGAAUUCUUUGGGAAGGUGUCAGCCGACUUCCGUAUCGCACUCGAUAAGCCCAGCGAGUCGCGCAACUUGUCGCCUAACCCUGUGAUGCAGAUGUAUCCUCCUAUUAGGGACGUCGUUGUCGAUGGUGCCCUCAGCCGCUCCGUCGAUGACUGGUUCCCAUCGCACCCAACUGUGACAAUCCAUGAAGCCUAUCGCCGCCUCCAAAACGGAAUUACCAAUAGCAAGUACGUUCACCCCUCUACCCUCGGGCGGCUCAUCAAUGGCUUCGGACGUGUCGGUGAUCUCGAUAAGGUGCACAGCUUGUAUGAUAUCGCGCAAAUCGUAUUAUCCUCGAUCGAUAAUAAGCAGUGGCAGUCUCAGGCGUGGUUCCAAAUUGAAGACCAGAUGAUCAUCGCAUGCGCACAUGCCGGAGACAUGGAAGCUGCAUUCCAGCACCGAGAUCGUAUUACGUCCAAUGGCGGAAUUCCUUCUCCUGACGCGUAUGGCUCGCUCAUAGAGUGUGUCAAGGAUACCACAGAUGACACCUCGAACGCCAUGGCUCUCUUCAGCGAGGCACAAAUGCUUGGAUGCACACCAAAUGUCUACCUAUACAACACGAUCAUCUCCAAGCUGGCUAAGGCGCGCAAGGCUGACUUCGCUCUCGAGCUGUUCCAGCAGAUGAAGGCUACGCCUGGUGUCCGUCCAUCCUCGAUCACAUACGGCGCCGUUAUUGCCGCUUGCGCACGUGUCGGCGAUGCUCAGUCUGCCGAGCAGUUGUUCUUGGAGAUGUCUUCGCAGCCUAACUUCAAGCCUCGCAUCCCACCCUACAAUAUGAUGAUGCAACUGUACGCGCACACAAAGCCUGAUCGUGAGAGAGUACUCCAUUAUUACAAUCAGCUUCUUCUCGCCGGUGUCAAGCCUUCUGCCCACACGUACAAGUUGCUCAUCGAUGCAUAUGGAACUAUUGAGCCCGUCGACGUUGACGCUAUGGAAGACGUGUUCGAGCUUCUCCGAAACAACAGGUCGGUGGUGCUUCAAGGCAGCCAUUGGGCCGCCCUUAUCAACGCAUAUGGUUGUGUGAAGAAGGACUUGGCGAAGGCGAUUAGUACAUUCGACUCUAUCCCAGCACCUGAUGCUGUCACCUAUGAAUCUCUCAUCAACGUCCUCGUCACCAACAAGCAGAUGGCUCUUGCACCCACUUACAUGGAGAAGUUGAAGUCGUCUGGCGUACAUAUGACGGCGUACAUCGCCAACCUCUUGAUCAAGGGCUAUGCUGCCGCCGGGGACAUUGAAGAAGCUCGAAGAAUAUUUGAGAACUUGGUGGAUCCCCCUAGCGGCGUUGCAGCCUCAGGUAACCAUGUUCGUCAUGAAGGCUCCAAUCAGCGUAUGUCGCCAUCGCCAUCGCUGUCGUACCGCGAGCCAUCUACGUGGGAAGCUAUGUUCCGCGCAGAGCUAGGCAAUGGCUAUCGCGACAGAGCGAUAGCACUGCUGGCACGGCUACAGGAAAGACAAUUCCCCGCCGCAGUAUGCAAUCGGAUACGAGGGAUCAUGAUCGAUGAUCCUGUCUCACCAUGAGCAGCAUCUCCUUGAUCACACUACUGUGAAGAUGUACCCAUUGCUUGAUUAUAACACGGACACGGCAACACUGGCUAACCAGGAGAAGGCGCAAUAUUUUUCUAGCCGCCAUGAUUGGAAUACUAAAAGUAUCUGCUCACUAAUCAUUCAUUCAUUGCGACACUACCAUCAUGCAUAACACUUGUGUACACUAUUGUUUAUAUACAUCUGUAUCAUACCCUCGAGACAGUUGCGAUGAAUUCUUUUCAAGUCGCCCUGAACGCGACGGUUGAUGGAUUUAUGCAUCAACACUGGUCACUUUUCA